GAGUGCAUGGGCAGAGCUAUAUUCACUGCACGAACAAAAGGCCGUUUAGUUGCAAUGCCAGCGUCGAGCGAACAACACGCGGCUAGUGACGUUCUUGUCAUCGACAUCGAGUCGGAUAACGAAAUUAUCGAUACACCUAUAAAUAUGGAUAACCACAACACCAUGAACGGAAACGGAACACUAUCAAGCAAUAAACCCAAAGCCGUCAACAUGUCUGAGGUCGUAAAUAAAGCAAGGGAUACGUUCGACAGCGGCGUCACCAAGCCCAUUGAAUGGAGAAGGAAGCAACUGAAAAAUCUACUGAGAAUGUACGAGGAGAACAGAAACGCGAUGGUAGAGGCUCUCGUUAAGGAUUUAAGAAGAAGCAAAAUGGAAGCUAUUCUCCUAGAAGUCGACUAUCUCAUUAAUGACAUAAGAAAUACUAUUUACAACUUGGAUAACUGGGUCGCUCCUGUGAAGCCCUCAAAGGGUUUAGUGAAUAUGCUGGAUGAUGUAGUCAUCUACAACGACCCCUACGGCGUUGUUCUCAUCAUCGGUGCCUGGAACUAUCCUCUCCAACUGCUACUGCUGCCACUAGCUGGUGCUAUAGCUGCGGGAAAUGCUGUCAUCCUCAAGCCCAGUGAGCUGGCGGAGGCCAGCGCUAAGUUCAUGGUGGAAACCUUGCCUAAAUAUGUGGAUAGUGACGCAAUAAUUUUAGUGGAAGGAGGUCCGGAGGAAACAUCUGAAUUAUUGAAACAAAGAUUCGACUACAUCUUCUACACAGGCGGGACUAACGUUGGCAGAAUAGUUUAUGCAGCAGCUACCAAAAACUUGACUCCUGUCACAUUGGAACUGGGAGGGAAGAGCCCUGUGUACAUAGAUAACACAGUGGAUAUAGAAGUAACAGCGAAGCGUAUCCUCUGGGGUAAGUUCAUCAACGCCGGUCAAACCUGUAUAGCCCCGGACUACAUCCUGUGCUCGAGGACCGUUCAGGACAAGUUUGUGGAUGCAGCCAAGAAUGUUCUGCGGGAGUUUUAUGGGGAAGAUCCUCAGAAAUCACCGGAUCUCUGCAGAAUCAUUAAUAACAGACACUUCAGUCGUCUGCAAGCAUUGAUUGAUGCUAGCAAGGACAAAGUCGCUAUUGGCGGCCGAUACGACUCGCAGGACAAAUACAUUGCUCCAACGAUACUAGCGAAUGUCACUGCCAGUGACGUCAUCAUGAAGGACGAGAUAUUUGGACCUGUACUGCCCAUAGUGCCUGUGGAGAACGCCUAUGAAGCCAUAAAAUUCAUUAACGAAAGGGAAAAGCCGUUGGUGUUGUACGCGUUCACUACAGACGAGGAACUCGCUAAACGGAUAGCGGAGAACACGAGCAGCGGCGGCAUGUGCAUUAAUGAUACUGUCAUGCAAAUGGGAGUUGAUACAUUGCCAUUUGGCGGUGUCGGUAGUAGUGGCAUGGGAGCCUACCACGGUAAGGCCUCAUUUGACACCUUCACACAUAAAAAGAGCUGCUUGAUAAGGAACUUCGCUGCUAUUGGUGAAAGACUUGGAUCAGGCCGCUACCCUCCCUACACGGAUGGUAAGCUGAGCUUCAUUACAACCCUGAUGAGAAAACGCAACGGACCCUCCCUCAAAUACCUCCCACACCUGAUUGCCUUUGCUCUUGGAGCCGGUGUGGCGUACGGAAUAGCCACUUGGCAGAAGAUGUCGUCGGAGCACCUAUAGUUCAAGAUCAUUUUAAUACUUCUCUACUGAUACCGAGUAUAUACGAACAUUAUUUUAAUAGUUAAGACAAAUUUUGAUCUUAUGCAACGCAAACUAAACACUUUCCCAAACAACAGCUCAAAGAACAGCAGACACAUUUAGUAUUUGUCAAAUCAAUUUAAAGCACACUGAGAAGCAUUUAUUUACUUGUUUAUUUUUGUAUAAAGUCAUAUUAUUUGCAUUAAUAUUAAGGUUUAUGGGUCCAAAAUAUUACCUGUAACUCUUGCCAAGUUUAUUUAUGUUUAUCUAUGUUAUGACAAUGUCAUAAUAUAUAUUUUUUACGUUAUAUUUAAAUGGUAACUGUUUUAAGUUGAAGUAUCAAGAAGUUUUAUUAAUACGACAAGACCAAAUGACAUUACUAGAAACAGAUGUUUCAGAAAUCGGUAAAAUAUAUUGAUCUUGUACUAUGUACAUAUGGCUAAAUUUCAAAUUAAUCUAUAAAUUGCAAAUAAGCUAAACAUUUCUUGUGUAUUGAAACCCCUUCUUUUAAAUUAUUUACGUGUACAUAUUACAUAAUGUACAACACGCGUCGUAUAAUCUAUCUAGUAAUGUCAUUUGGUAAAUAUAGUUUGAAUAACUGUUAAGUUUUAACUUCUAUAUUUAAGUUAAAUUUUAUAUUGUAAUUUGCAAAUUUAAAUUAAUUUUAAACUAUACUUAAUAAAAUUGGGGAACAUGAA